CUUGACUGGGCUGGCAGCUGUGACCUUGCUCCUACUGCGCAUGCCUCAAACGCAGCUGAUUGGCUGCAAACCCGCAGUAGCGAGGUAGGCUGUGAGGCCGGUUGGCAGACUCCGUGUGUGUGAGCGCUGAGAGGAGACAGACAUGGCGGCCAGGGGCCUGCUGACAGUGAGACACAGCCUGGGCACGCUGCUGCUGCGGACACCGAGGGCCACGUUUCGGAUGUGUCCGCGGCUGGUGUGUACAGCGGCCCAGCAGCCUAAUGCUAACCCCACGCAAGAGACAGAGGAGAAAAGUAAGAGUCCGGUGGAGGAGAGCUCAGAGCAGCUGGCGGCAGAGAAGGCCAAACUGGAAGAUCAAAUCAAAGAAAUAACCGAUAAGUACAAGCGAGCGCUGGCGGACACAGAGAAUUUGAGAUUGAGGAGUCAAAAGUUAGUGGAAGACGCAAAGUUAUACGGUAUUCAGGGAUUCUGCAAGGACCUGCUGGAAGUGGCAGACAUCUUGGAGAAGGCCACCGAGAGUGUUCCCAAAGAAGAAGUCAAGGACGACAACCCUCAUCUGAAGAACCUGUUUGAAGGUCUGCUGAUGACUGAAGUCCAAAUGCAGAAAGUGUUCAAGAAGCAUGGAGUGCUGAAGCUUAACCCUGUGGGUGCCAAGUUCAAUCCGUAUGAACAUGAAGCUUUAUUCCACACGCCCAUGGCGGGGAAAGAGCCUGACACCGUGGCACUAGUAACCAAAGUGGGUUACAAGCUUCACGAACGUACUCUGAGGCCUGCCUUGGUGGGAGUUGUUAAAGGAACAUAACUCUCUUUGAAUAUGUGUUGUACAGUUAGUAAAUGCUGAGUCUUUUAUUUCAUUCCAGUUUUUUUCUUUUUUAAUUAAUAUCAAGCCAAUUAAAUCUAGGCAGGAGUUGGGUUACCGCAGAUAAUAUAACAUGUAUGUGGCACAAAACAGAAUUGGAGUAGAGUAUGCUACUGGUGUUUCAUUGAGACUUUAAUACCAAUUUUCUGCCACUAAAUAAAAGAGAACAUUAAUGAACUGGUCAUGUAUUGAACAUUUUACAUACUGAUUGCACUGUUGUCUGGUUUGCAGGCUGAGGAGUUCCUGUGGUUCUCUUAUUACAGCAGAUGUUACUGGGAUAUAUCCUAAAUAAAUAUUUUUCACAAUUCUGA